CAGCAAUAAAUAAUUCAUGUUAAAGCCCAGCAGUUACCAUAAUAGACCUAGUAAUCCUCUUCCCGUUGCGCUUCUGCCCCUCCUCCUCCUCUCUCUCUCUUGGCCUCUUCCGUUGAAGAAGAGCACCGCUAUUUAACAGCCUUCGCGCUACCGCCCCAACCUUACUCUCUCUCUCUCUCUCUACCCACUUCGUGCAAUUGCACCCCCCUCCCUCCCCUCCACCAACAACGAGGAGGAGAAUUCGAUCCCGAUUUACAGCGCCCGUACGUUGCGCAGGUCCGUCGGUGACUCGAGCGGGGAGCGGCAAUGGCGUCGCCAGGCGACGACGACGGUCUCCCGGGGCUGCCGCCCAUCAAGACAACGCCUCCGCCUCCGCCUCCGCCGCCCCCGCUGUCUGCCACCAGUGCCACGGCCGCGGCCUCCCCGUCGCCGCCGGCGUCGUCGUCGGUGGACAGCGCCAAGGCCGCGGAGGGCGAGGACCACGAGCCGUCGACGCCGACAUCGGAGGCGAGCAGGCUGCGGCCGCCCGCCGCGUGCCCGCCGGCUCCGCGCAAGCCGCCGGCGCCGCGGCUGCCCGUCAGGCGGAAGCCGCCGCUGCCCUCGCCCGCGCGGGUGUUCGUCGCCGUCCCGCGCGACCUCUCCACCGUCUUCCGGGCGCUGCCCCCCAAGAAGCGUAUACGGGUGUCGUGAUGCCGCGAUUUACAACUGUCUUUCCACAGGCUUGGUCGAUUUCUAGGAGAAUUCAGAAUUCUGCCGGGUUCUUGGCUUCGUGUUCUUCCCCCCUCGCGUUUUUUAUUCUCCUUUGGGUUACUGCUACGACCCACGGGCCAUGGCUAUGGUAUAAAUUAAAUCAUAUUUUUCGGUAUAAAUAACGUGUUUUUUUUGCAUGUUCAUUUUCCUUUUCCUUUUUGUUGUUGUGUUAGUGUGAGCAAGCUUGUAGCUCUAGAAAUGAAUUCCAGCCAAACAUCUGGUGUGUUAUGUGUCAAGAGUAUACUAUAUAAGCUAUAUGGUGGUGUAGAAUUCAACAGACCUGUUUUAAAGAAAUAUGUAUAUUAUGUUGAA